AUGAUUAGUAGCGUGUCGCUUGUAUCCACCAAUGCCGAGUUGGUGCAGUGUUUCCGCAAGCACUUGAUGCUGCUCAGGAGCUUACCCUGGAGGAUACCCAUCAGUAUUGGUACCAUCCAUGAUUCGAUUGAAAAUAUAGUCAGGAGUCCCUUUGUGCAAGAGACCGCCAUUGCAACCCCGGGAAAUGCUCUUGGGUUGAUGAACGACGGCUUUGACAAGCACGUCUUGAAGGCAGUUGAUCCGGUCAACUAUACUCAGUUGGCGAACCAGAUCAAUGCCUUUUUGGUGGAGAAGAAUAAUGGUUACAUGCCCACGAAAUUGGCAAGUGUGAUUAGCUUAUCCAAGUAUGGGUCUGUUUCCAAUAACGUCACUACAAUUGUCCAUGUACCCACCAUGGUGCUUCCUCAACCUUUGGCCAAAACGGAUUCUCAUCAGCUUGUGUUUGACUGUAUUUGGAGUUGUUGCUUGAGCUUAUCCGGGACGUCAGUAUCUCACUUGAUAUUGCCCGGGUUCGGGUCCGGGUAUGGAGGCCUUGAUCCCGAUACUGUUAGCGAGAUCACGCUAGUCUGUUUGGUCUUGUUUCAUCUUGAGGUAGAGGCCUCGCUUAAACAAUGUAUGAUUUUGAUGUUAUUGCAAAAAAGAAUGGAGUUGUUGCAAAUCGAGUCGGAUAUUGCCAAUUUGAAACAUUGGUUAAGCGAUUUUGGCAGAUGGAAGUUGGACCACUUGCAGGAGGGACUGCCAAUGGAACUUAAGGACUGGAUAAGAUGUUUCGAUCGUGGCAAUACCUGA